CUCCUCGUUUCAUCCGGAAACCGGCGGGCCGGCAGGAAAUGACGAAGGCAGAGGUCGUCCAGGUCCGUUCGGUAACCGGGUCCCGCGCGUCCGGCCCCGACUCGGGGGGGAAAGAGCCCCGAGCGGAGUAGCCUAGCCGCGUGCCGCCUCCGGAGCCAGCAGCCCCCAUGCCUGGAGGUUACGGGGUGAUGGCUGACGAUGGCUCUAUGGAUUAUAGCGUUCAUGAGGCCUGGAACGAAGCCACCAAUGUUUACCUGGUAGUGAUCCUUGUUAGCUUUGUUCUCUUCAUGUAUGCCAAGAGGAAUAAAAGAAAAAUUAUGAGGAUAUUCAGUGUGCCACCUACAGCAGACACUUUAUCAGAGCCCAGCUUUUAUGACACAAUAAGCAAAAUCCGUUUAAGACAGCAACUGGAAAUGUAUUCCAUUUCAAGGAAGUAUGACUAUCAACAGCCACAAAACCAAGCUGACAAUGUGCAACUCUCGUUGGAAUAAAAUCACAGAAAAUGAACAACAUUAAGUAAUGGUUCAGCAGUGUGGUAGUAAGCUCCUAAAUAUACUAAAUCCAUGAACAGCAUUUUCUUUUUAAACCCUAUGUCCCUAAAAUCAUUUUACUUGUCAUUUUUCCCAGUUUUUUGUUUUGUUUUGUUUUGCUUUUUAAAAUUACAUCUCCAAGUCAUUUAUUAUACAAAAAAAGGGGGGGGGAGCAGUCAAAAUACCUGGACGCAGAGAGUCUGCACAUACUUAGAAGAUAGAAUAUAACCAGAGAUGGUGAUUUUGCCUUGUGAAGACCUUUGAUUUCUUCAGGAUACAAUCAGUCAGGAAUAAAAAUACAUCUUUGGAAGUGAGACUCUGGAGAUUAUGCCACUUUGGUUUAAACAUUUUUGCAAAAUUAAAAAGUAAAAAUCCCGGGGCACCUGGGUGGCUCAGUCGUUAAGCGUCUGCCUUCGGC